CAAAUACGCGGUCACACUGUUACUUGUGUUAAAUUAAAUAAAUAAAUGCCUUUAAGUCACAAAUAAAUAUGGAACCAGCGCAGGCCCCCACGCCGGCUGAGACAAGGAGUGAAGAGAAGGCGUCUGCGAAGGAGCCUGGACAGAUAGAUACCCAUCCGGAGGGAGAAAACAGAAACGACAGUGGAGGUGGGGACGUGGAGCAGCAUCUGGAAUGGAAUAAAAUAGAGCAGACUGCUGAGAGAGAGCCAACAAAGGCGAUAGCGGAUGCAGAUAAACCAGUUGGGGCCAAGAAUGAGGCCGAACUCGUUGAGCAUUUGAAGGCAGCGGUGCUGGAGCAAGUGCCUGUCCAGGAUGAAGCCCCAUCGGAGAUCAGCAUGCGGUUCAGGGACCUGCAAGUCCAGGAUCAGGAACAGAAUCACACAAAGUCUCCACAAAACGACAUACUGUCCCAUGUGCACUGUCUGGCCCAGUUGGAGGAGCAACGACGGAGCUACGAGCAGCAGAUGGAGCAGCUGCGGACUGCCAAUGCACAGAAGGACAACAUGAUGACGCUUCUGCAGCGCGAGAACGCCAUCUUGGACAAGGAGAAGCAGGCCUUUCGCAAGGAAAUGGAUAUGGCCAACAAGGAGAAGGAGACCACAGUCAUAAAGUUUGCCAUGAAGGAGAAACUACUCAUCGAUGCCAAAAAGGAGAAGGAGGCGGUGGACAAGCAGUUGGCGGACACCAAGAAAGAGGUGAAGAAUGUCUCCACCCGAUUCAUGGCCAUCCACGAGGAAAAGUCCAGAAUGACGUACAUCAUAGACGAAAAGUGCAACGAAGUCCGGAAAUAUCAGCGGGAAUGCGAAAAGUAUAAAACAGAGAUGGGCCACCUGGAGUCCAAGCUCAAGUAUCACAUGAACAAGCUGAACAUCGAAACGGAGGCAAAGGCGGCACUUGAGCGCAAGCUGGAGGAGGAAAGAAAUGCACCGAAUAAGCUGGAGGAGAAGGCCAAUGAGAAGCUUAGGAUGGAAUUUGAAGCCAAUACAAUACUCUUGAAGCACGAGAUCACAAGCAAGACUGAGGCCCUAGACAAAGUCACCAAAGAGCAGCAAAAACAAAGUGAAGCCAACAAAGAGCUGCAGCAGCAACUACAAGAGCUCGCCUUGGAGCAUACUCAACUUACGGAGGAGUUUAAACGGGUUCGAGAGCAGCACAAUGGAGUGGAGGCGGCCUACAGCGAUGAGCUGCUCAAUGCGGCCAAGCUAAGGGGACAACUCGAAGAACUACAACUGCUGCGUACCCAGAACACCAUCAACGAAGAAAAGCUAUCGGAACAGCAGGCGAGAGUGCAGCAACUGGAACUGCAGGCGCAGGAAAACGAAGCCGAUUUAGAGCAGCUGAAAGUCAAGAAACAGGAAUUGCUCACUAUCAACAAGGAGAUGAGCGAGCUGAUCGUGUGCCUGCAGAACGACAUUUGUCAAGCGGAAUCAAAGGCUCAGGGUCUCGAGGCGGAGAACAAGCUGAUGCAGCAGGAGAAGCGCGGCUACGACUGCAGAUACGGGGAACUGGAGCAGCAGCUUAACUCCGAGGCGGCGGAGAAGAAUGAGGAGCAGCUGCUGCUGGCCAAACAUCUUUCCGAGAAGACCAAGCUGUACGAACUGACGAAGCAGAAACUAGACAAUGUGCAGGGCGACUUUGAGGCCACCCAACACAAGCAUGCCACCGUCGUCAAAGAGCUCCAGAGGGAGCUGCAAAAGUACAAAAAGGGCAUUGCCGAGCCCAAGGGUGGGAUCAGCUACUGCAGCAACUGCCAGCAGGCCCUGAACGGGGGCUAUCCGCACGAGCAACAGCGCACCCACAGCCGCACCAGCAGCCAUGGCAGCGUGCACAGCGGGAGCCGGCGGGCCAGCGAAUCCUCAGAGUCCGAAACUGUGGCCAGCAGUGCGACAGCAGUGCCGACGCCUGGGACGCAACAGGUGGACCUACAGGCGGUGCCGUCCAAGAAGGUUCUCGUCGAACGUAUUCUCCGGCUGCAGCAGGCGACGGCGCGGCAAACGGAACGGAUCGAGUUCCUGGAAAACCACACGGCCGCCCUGGUGUCUGAGGUGCAGAAAAAGUCCAAAGUCGUCCAGCACUACAUGCUCAGAGAUCAGACGGCGGGCGCUCUCACCUCCUCGAAGAGCGACCAGAACAAGAGCGAGCUCGUGAAGUACGGCAACGGGAUCAUGGCCGCCAUCUACGGGGGCUCCAAGGGUGGCGAGAGCAAGGGCAUGUCCCUGGAACUGUCGCUGGAGAUCAACAAGAAGCUGCAGACCGUGCUGGAGGACACGCUGCUGAAGAACAUAACGCUCAAGGAGAACCUCGACAUGCUGGGCAUCGAGGUGGACAAUCUGACGCGCAAGCUGCGCGCCCUGGAGGCCUCCAAAUGAUCCACGUCCACUUCCAAGUCCAAGCCCAUCCAUUCCAGAGUCUAAUCCAUGUAAAUACAGAUUAUUUGUAAACAAAUUCUUCGUUGUGCUUAAGGUAAAAUGUAUAUUAAAUGUAUUUAAUAUUUUAA